ACGCCAGACGCAGUCAGUGUCAAGCUGCUGCACUCUUGAACCUCCCCUACCCAACUGAUCAAUGACUACAUUAUUUCACCGAUGCCACCUCGUCGCCCAAUAUCCCCGCUCUCCUUUGAAUCAUGCUCGCUACCCCCACCAGACAAUGAUCUCGACUCUCUUGCUGCCUCUGAUGAUGAUCUGAACCCUGCUGAGCGUGUAGCUCGACGUCGGAGAAUUGAGAAGCUUGCUGAAGCUUAUCUACAAGGCUCACCGCUUUUUCUUUUGUCCGCCUCGCUCCGAGGGCCUUUUGAUAAGGGAUGGGAUAAUCCUUGGAGGAAAGAUCGGCGCAAACACGGCGGAUUGGAGAGGAACGAGGAUGAAAAUAAGAGACGACCAGUGAUCCCAGAGACGAAUCCGCGAAAACGGGCCCUAAACCACGAGCCCCGUGAAGUCCAACGCUCGCGGCUUUCCGCUCAAUACCACGAAACCACUCCCUCUUCUCCGAACUCUGAACUCCGGAAGACCUCAAUCAAUGGCUCUUCCAACAAACGAGUGCGAGCUGAGAGCAGCAAUAUACGAGUUGCAAGUACCACACCGAAAGAUACAUUCGUUUCGAAAAGGCAGCCUACCCCGCAGACAAACAGAGGUUGGCUGAAGAAGGACUGUGCCGGAAUCGGAUUUCGAACCGUUAAUCCGCCGGCAUCCCCUACUGCAACGAUAUCAACUCGCCGUCGAGGGACAAAGGACAGCACCAUACAAGUGCCCGGCACUGACUACCGGUGGGCGGUGUGGGAUCAUCGGAAGGACCUUAGCCACUUACGGGAGGACAACAAUGAUGGCCCUCGUGUCCCGGACAGUGUCAAGGUCCGUACCUUCAAAGAACAACGCAGUAGUCAAGCAGACCCUCAAAAAAUUCCAUCCGAUGCAGUGAACCAGGAUGGCUCGCUAUGCGUCCUUUCCUCGUCGUCACAUCUGCCUAAAUUUGAGUACCGCCGCACAAAGUUAUCCAGCCCUCGCAGGCAAGAGCUCAAGGCUACAUCUGCGUAUCAAGAACCGGAAAAUAAUGCGGAUCAAAUGGAUAUAGUUGAGGGCAACAACCAUCCAGAGCAUCAAAAUCGGCCGUCACAAGGCACGGCUCCUGAGGAGGCUAUCGAACUUGACUCUCCUGGACCUCCAGUGAAUGAGCUAGACUCAACUGCUUCUCGGCCGAAAAUUGCAGGAGCCACUACAACAGGGUCUAUAUCGUCAGCAGAGAAGGCACCAUCCAACAUUGAUCCCGGAGUUGCGAACGUGAGUGACAGACUACCCUCAGCGCAACAUAACCCCCAUAAUCCAGCCGUCACGCACAACCUGACCUCGCUACACACAAUCUCCGCGGGAAAAGCCCAUACCCAGAGUGACGACGAUACCAUUCCCGAUCCACAGUUCAAUACACAGGCCGCUCUUCUUCACGCCCAGAUUUCAUUCCAAAAAGACCUCGAGAGCCCAGAUAACACUCCUGGUCGGGUCUCAAACCCCGAGUCAAUAUCUCGCCACGACAUCACACCAUUUUACCGAGUGGAUACGCCUGGUGGGCUCGGGAAUAUCCCAAAAAACAAGGUACCGGGGACGAUAAAAGGUCCAAUGAUGAGCACACAAUACCUCAUUGACGCCGUCACGCCAUUCACACUGAGUACUGAGAAGAAGAGGUCUAAGCCUCGAUUUCUAUCUCCAGCAGAUGAUGGGGAUAGCACUAAGCCAAGAAUAUCUUCUGUCGCGGGGGCAUUGUCGUCGCCCGUUCCGAACUAUGCCCACGAUGAGAACCUGAAUAUUGUAUCAUCUCAGCCGCCAGAUCAUGCCGAUCUCAUAGAUCUGGCUCAAGGAGAGGAUUUGGAGAUGACUUUCUCCGGAACAAUGCCAACCACCGGUGAGGAUGGUCAGGGAGGCGUGAUGGGUGCUGAAAGUUUCAACCUCAACGAGGCCAUCGCUGAAGCUGGGAGCUGGUUGCAGGAGAGUUUCGACAUAGGUCAAAUCAAACGAUACGCACAUCCGAGAUCCAAAGGGUCGUCGCCCUCUGGUGGCGGUGGCAUUGGUCCAUCUGUGGUAAGCCUGGAUGCUUGAAGACCAUGUGGAUAUAGGUUCGGCUUCAAAGAAGUCACAACAGUCACUUGAUCAUUCUUGGCCACGGAAAGGCUCUGGUUCUUUGGUGCUUUCAUGUACAUUUACUUUUCUUUGGCGGACAUAGCUUUCAUGCGGACUUAUUGCAACAUAGAAGCGC